AUGUUUGUGGAGGUCUUUGUGGACCCCUUUGUUAUUUUCUGUGCCUCGUGUGUUGCACUUCCGCUGGUGUUGGAGCGGGCCUACCUCACGCAGGCUGAUGUCGUCGCGUACCUCACGGAGCCGGCGAUGCUGUUCGCUGCCGCAGUGCUCGUGGCCACCGUUGCCGAGGCGAAGUUAGCGCGGCGGCGGCAGCGGCGUCCAGUGCCCUUGUCGCUCCGCGAGCGCGUCCGCGCCCGCUGGUAUCUCCUCAACGGCGUUGUAAUCCACGUGUUGCUGGACGGCCUUGUCGGCGUCUUCAAGGCGAGCACGCUGCUGGCGCGCAACUACGCCAAGCUCGACGCCCGCUACGCCGCUGCGCUUGGCAGCUUCACCGGCUCCGCGGUGCACAUCGUGUCGCUGAUGGAGUUGUGCGUGAAGGGCCCGCUCUGCCUCCUGCUGUACCGCGCGUACCAGACGAACAGUCCGCACCGCGACGCAUUGGAGCUCUUCUCGUGCGUCACGCAGGCGUACGGCACGGUGGUGUAUCUCGGGCAGGAGGCGAUCAGCGGCAUGCCGCACUUUGACGUGGACCGCCAGCUAGAGUUCACCCCGCACUAUCUCGUGUACUUUUGGUUUGCGAUUGUGCUGGGCUGCGUGCUCUACCUCAUCGUGCCGUGCUGGUUGGGGUGGCAAGCGUACAAGCGGCUUGUGGCGGCAUCCGCGUCGUCGUUGCCGCAUGCUGCUGCUGCUGCUGCUGCUGCAGUGGCCUCUGGGCGGACGGUGAAGGCGCGUUGA